AUGCCACAGGUUGCCCAAAAACACGAGUCGACGAGACGUCACAACAAGGGAGAGGAGCGUUUUCCUCUAGCCACUGCAGCCGUCGGCCGCUCUCCGCCCUCUCUGUUUCUCUUGGCGCGCAGCCCCGUGCGAAGGGUUCAUUCAUUCAGUCACUCAGCUGAUCGCCAUGGAAGAGGCCUGCACGCUGGUGCGGCGGCUCGAGCAGAAGUACCUUGACGACGACGACGCCAUCGUCGAAGACUUGCUCCUUACUAGUUUUGUAAGUUACUGUAGCUCAAAUCCUUGAGAUUUCGUUUCUUUAUAACGAUUUCUUGUGAACCUUAGCAAGCUAAUGCAGGUCUGAAAAAUAGAAAGAGCAGCAUUCAAAUCAGAAAAUACAGUAUCAUCCCUAAUAGAUAAAUUUGUAGAGCGUACAACUUCGAAAUUCAUAUCGAUGGAGAAAGUUAUGCAAACGUUGAUCUUUUUUGACCAAGAAUUUUAGAACAAAUGAGUUGAAACUUGAAAAAAAGAUUUUUGAGACUUCUGAAACAGCAAAGUCCACAGGAAGAUCACAAGAUCUCGAACAUCAAAAUUUUUCAUUCGAAUUCCUGGAGAGAUUUGGAGUUUCUCAUCUAAAUUAUCUGAAUAUUGUUCGAAAACUUCUCUGUUUCACAAGAUGAGAGAGUCUGGUUCUUGCUUUCUUCUUGCGGAUUGCUUGCCCGUAUGCAAAUAGUCGCUGUCUGCCGCUUACCUGUCCGAAUUCACCUCGAGGAUUGCAAGGGCAUCCCUUGUAAUAUUAGAUCCUCAUCGAAUUUUUAAGAUUCUAAUAAAACAUUCUAAUAAAAGACGAUUUUUUUCCUUUAAUUUCUGGAAUCGUCUAAAAAUUAGUUUUAUUAGACUUUAGAAGGGAUUUUAAUUGACACUAAUGUUACCAGUAUAUCAUAAGAUAAAAAUAAACUCAAGUUAUUCUAAGAAGUUCUGAACAAAAAUUUUUUUAUGUCAGUCUUGUGGAAUUUAGUAUACCAAAAUUAUAAAAAUCACUAAUUUAACUAUUUAUCAAGUUCUUAUCAGUUAAACUGUCAAAACUAACGUUUGAUAUCAAAACCAGAAACUAUAAACCAUGUGUUUAUAGAAGUCAUCUGCUUGCUUAUCUCACAUGGUCUUUGUCGCUAUAGUGUAAACCUUUUCUCAAGGUUCUGUUUACGUUGUACUUUGAUCCUCUUAUUCUCAAAAAUUGCAACUUUCUCAAAAGCCCAAAAAAAGACAUUUCAAAUGAUUCUUCUGUUUCCAGAGGUCCAUAAAAACUUUAUUUCAACUUUUCAAAGUCUCAUUUAAAGAGAAAAAAGUUUCAGACAGGAUGUUCGCCUUGCAAAAUGGCCAGCCAAAGGGCCUUGGAACUGUUGGUUCUGAACAAUAUGAACAUUCAGUCGAUCGGCGAUUCAUCGAAACUCGCCAACCUCGCCGCUCACGUUCUCGAGGUAACACUUUUUUCUCUUUUUCUGUUUUCAUUCGUUUUUCUGUUUGUUCGAACUAUUUAUUGCGUUUUUUCGGUCGUGAAAAGUGUCAGAAUUGUGCAAUGCAAACAGGUUUUGAAGAAGAAGAGGCGUUGAGGAAAGCUAUCAAAGAUAAAAGGGUUUUCUCUCAUCUAGUGAAAAAAACAAAGUGCAUGAUGAAGUGGUCGCAUUUGGAAUGGCUCAAUGGGUUUUUUUUUCUGUUAAAAGUCUUCUUUCCAAAGAGGAUUAUUUUUCGAAAAAGCAAGCAAAUCGAAGAUUGAGAGAUUGAUGAAGACUCAAUUUUAUUGAAAAUUGCACCCGACUACAAAACGGCUUGCGCGUGAUUAAAGGAAACCCUACCAAUAAAAAUAGAAAAAGUAUAACAAAAAAAUCCCAGUUUCAUCUACGAAUAUCUGUGUGAGAUAUUCCAAACCGGAACGGCUUUUUACAACAAAAUAAGAAGAAAUGAUUUUUUUUUUCUCAAAUCCAAUUUUCCCCUAGUUUAAUGAGAAAAGCCUCUCAUUAUUGAAAACUUCCGGUUCUCAAAACUUCGACUUUUUCUUCUUUUUCUCUUGUCAUUCCGUCUUCCCACAAUUUGUUGCCCUUGAUGUUAAACUCAUUGAUUUGCCAUCAAAACACGUGCCUCCCGCUCUGGACAACAAAUGCCGUCGCGGAGCUGGAGCACAUGUGUUUUCGGAGACAAACUUUGAUUGAUUUGUUGCAGGCGGACCUCGGCUGGAAUCAGAUUCAUCUUUGGUCGGACGUCUCCACGAUCCUCAACAAUUUACCCCAUUUGAGGGUUCUCAACAUUGGACACAACCCUUUGAGUGAAACGGUUCGUAAAUAAUUUUGGGAAAGAAGAAAUUUGUUUUUUUUGGGAAUCCAAGUUACGAUACAUGGCUCUGAUGGGGGAUUUUUUAACACUUCUGAACGCGAACUUUCGGGGUUCAAACAAACUGAUUUUUGCUGUCGGAAAGUCUAGAUUUAUAUUUUCCUUUUUUCUGAGAUGCAAAAUCCUAUCUCAGAUUUAUGGAAGAUUCAUGGACCAUCCUGAAUUUAUGAAAAAUUUCUCAGCGUGGGCUUCAAGACUUUAUUUUCAUGCUAUUGCGGAAAUUUUUGAACCUUAAAAAUUAAGUUCCAAUUGGGCAAGAAUCCUUGGUUCAUUGGUCAGAGUAACUUUUUUUUCGAUUUUCAAGUUUUUACUUCUCUUGUCGAAGUUCCACUUUACACCAGUAGAAACAUUUGAUUCUUUAGACCCAAGGGCUUUUUUUCUUAACUUCAGAGAAAGCUUCAACUGAAAUUUCCUUCAAAAAAGUCUCAUCCUUUUUCUAAAUUUUUGUCGAAAAAAACUUAACAAAUUGUAUUUAUUAAAAAGUUUUGUUUUUCCUUAUCAACUCGAGAAUUUUCGAGGUAUUCACCCUUUACAGUCACACCAUAAACCAACAAGAAUCUUUUAUCCAAUCCUUUGUCCAGAUUGACGUCGAAUUGCCCGAAGUGCCACACCUACAAACCUUGAUCCUCAACGGGACGAAUUUACGGCCGUCGACGCUCAAGGACUUCCUUUCCAAGACGCCGAACCUAUCCGAGCUGCAUCUUUCCGACAACCAGUUUACGACCGACGAGAACGAUGACCAGGAAAACGAGCCCAUCAGCAGUUUUGUCCGGACUGUUCACUUGAACAGGUUGGUCGACUUUUGAACUAUUGAAACCUCAAGACAGAUCUUCAAACCUGAACAAAAAAUACUUUUUGACAACGAGAUUCACGUGCGGAAUUCACUUUGUGCCCCAUGUUUCAAGUGCGCAUGUGCGUGUAUAUGCAGGCGGCUAGUCUGCUUCUCGGUUUACACGUAAUAUCAAGGAUGGCAGUCGGACGGCAUCCUGGAAACGCCUGAGGUCGGAGUCAGCCAUGUGGAACGAAACUUCACCCUCUUUCUUUCUAUUAUCUGAUGGAAGAAUGGCGUUGGGUGUAAUUAAUGGAAAAAGAAGGCAUUUUACUUGAGACACGAGGAACUUGUAGUGGUAUUGUAAAGGAAACGGGUUAUUUGAAUUGAAAAUCAUGAGGGAGAGGGAGAUUUGAGGGUAAUUGUGUUUUUUUUGGGCCUGUUGAGAAUCUGAUGUUAUUCUGCCAGAAUGAAUUCUUGAAACUUUCUUGAUUUCCAAUAAUGGGACUGACGGCCAAAAAACUACUUUGAAAGCUGAACCACUAAAAAACGGCCUAAAUGAUAUAAAAAUCAUGGGAAAACAACGUCAGGCGACUUUUUUUUGAUCUUUAAAGAUAUUCGUUCACAAUGAACGACUCCGUCAGAAUUCAAUCUUGGAAAGGAAAUUCUUUUUGAACUUCUGAACUUUUCAACGCUGCUAUUGAACCAUGAUCUGCUACAAAGUUUUUCUACAACUUUUAACAUUUUCAGAUGUGGAUUUGAAGACUGGAAAUCCGUCGCCAAGCUUCUCAAACGCUUCCCAAUGAUAACGUCAGUUUUCUUAUGCGAGAAUCCCAUCAGAGCAAUCGACCAGGGAGCUUCAACUGACGGAAUGACGUCUUUGAAAUCUUUAAACCUCGCAAAGGUACAGAGACUUCUGCGCAAAAGUUUUUCAUCUUUAUUUUAGACCGAAUUAAACGACUGGUCGAGCCUCGACAAUUUGAACAAAUUGCCUUCCUUAACUGAGCUGAGGAUGCCUAAUAUUCCCUUGUUGGAAAGUUAUAACGAGGAGGAGAGGCGGCAUCUCACAAUCGGUCGGAUGCAACAAUUACGAGUACUCAACGGGUCGAAGAUCUCACCUGAGCAACGGGAACAGUCGGAGCGGUUCUUCAUCCGGUAUUACAAGGUGAAUAUUUCAUGCAUUUGUUAUCAAUGACUUAAGAUGCUUUGAAAGGCUCUGAAAGCAAGCAAAGAAACAUAGCCAGAAGCGCAAGUCACAUAAAGUCGGAUGCUAUUUGAAAAUUUCCUUGGAAUUAGGGACAGUACGCUAAGGGAUUGUAAUUUUUUGCUCUUGUUUCUGAUCUUUGUUGAAAUAUUUUCAUCAGAAGACUUUCAGGACCUGGAAGACAAGCCGCCUCAAUAUAAACUUCUGGUGGAAAGACACGGACAAUUGGAGCAGUUGAUCAAUAUUGACCUUUCGCCAAAAAUCUUUGCCGUUGUCAAAGUUUUAUGCGAAGAAGCCAAUUACGAGACUCAGAUGCGAGUGAAUCUGAACAAAAAUAUUGGCGAUUUUAUGAGGUUUGUUGAUUCGGAUGUGAUUAGAAAAAAAUCUUUCUAGCACAGCUCUGAAGUUUCUUGAUUUUAAAUAGCGUAAUUAGUCUUUUUUCUGGGGCUUGUUAGGUGUCCCACCAUUCCAUCUAAGAUUCUUAAGCUUUCGGAAAAUUACCGGACCUCGUGAUUUUGGUUUUGACAGUAUUUUUUAGAUUUUUCUUUCGAACCAAAGCAAAUCUAUUCGAAAGAACCAACGUGAAAACUCAAAAUUUCAACUUCUUACUCGCGACCCAUUAGGAUUAUUAGCAUCAAUUGGAAUGGCGGCGCAGUCAGCCGAAAUUGAUUGGGCCUUUUCUUUGAGGAAAUUACGCGCAUUUGCAGGUUUAUGGAAAAGCGCAGUGGCAUCAAAUAUGCACGAAUGCGAAUGUUCUUGAUGACCAGCGACGGGAUGAUCGAAGAGUGUCUUCUUCACAAUAUGCCGCUACACUCGCUCAGGGUCGAGGACGGCGACGUUUUCAGCAUUCAAGUUGGUCUUUCUUCUAAAGAAAAACUGAUUUUGUAGAGGCUCAAGUGGUUGGUUAUAUGAAUAAAUAAAAAACUCCGCUCGAUUGCCACGUCAAAUUGAAUAAAAGCCAUUUUUGUGGGGAAGACUCGGCUUCGUUCUUCCAACAAAAAAUGUGUGCUGGCAAACUUUUCGUUCAAUUUUUCCGUCUAUUGCUUAAAAAUGGGAAGUUCCUAGGUUAUUGGAAAAAAGUGGCAAAAAGUAGAAAAAAAAAAUGGAAAACUCAAAAACUGCACACUCUACAUCGAAAAAUUAGCCUCCGUUCGAGCUCAUAUUACUGUUUCAAAAAAAAAAAAAAGGGUUGCUUAUUGGACAAAAACCAUUUCCUCCUAAAGAUUCCAGGACUUUUUAUUAAGUUUCGUACGAAUUAUUCUGGAAGAAGUAAAUUUUUCAAAAUGGAGUUAGAUUUCAAGCUUUAUAACCUAUUCAAAAAAACUUUUUCAUCUUUGAAAGCGCCAGAUAUUCAUCAAAAACAGCUUCUUUCUUCGGAUCAAUCAAGCAAUGAAAAACCAAAAAUUCAAUUGUCUAUAACAAAUGAGCAUUAACCUCUGCUAAUGUGCUUGUUUGUUCUGAAAGCAACCGUGUAAUUAUGCAGUUGUUGCUAGUGUCACCUGUCCUGUCCACACCGGUUCUGUUGCCUUUUGACCCGAGCGCCGACUUUUCCUGCCUCAUCCGCCUUUUUGGGCCUCCCUGCCGACCGAUUCGGCCGACAACAGCCCGUUUCCACGCGCAGCGGGGGAUAGUUGAUGACCGUUUCUGGUUUCACCGUGAUUAUUGAGAUUAUUGGGAUAUUUAUAGGAUUGGAAGUCUAUAAAAAUUGGUGAGGGAUCGCAAAGUCAUUAAAAUUUGGAAUGAAAUAGAAAAAAAGGUACUAUUGGGGCUGUUACUUAUAUGAAGAUGCAUAGGUAAACUUUCCUUCUUCAAAAAAAAAAACUCAGAAAAAAUCUCUCAAGGUUCAAAAUUGAACUAAUUUCAAACUUUCAAAGGUUGAAAAAAUCAAUUUUGACUAGCUUUCAAAAUUUUGAAUUCAGUUCUAUUGUCAAAAUUUUUCCAACUUUCUGAUUGAAACGUGGUUUUUUAAACGUAACAGUACAUAGCUCUAGUUAGAAGUUUUUUAUUGCCUAAAAAUUCCCAUCAACCUUAGUGGAACUAUUAUUAAGUUUGUUCUGAACCAAAAAACGAACUUUUCAUCUUGGCAUCUUUAUUCCUACCGUAGUCCAACAAACAUCACCAAAAAUGCAUUCCCGUUCUCCCACAGUACUAUGAAUACACAUUCCCAAGUGCUAUCUAAAAACAGAAGCCUACUUUUUUAUUGAUGAGCCGCCAAAGGUCACUUCUGAAGGUCUUCUUUGGCUUUUUGUUGACAGUCUACGCGGCCGGGAUCUGUUUGAUAAUGCAUGCGUGUUGUAUGUUUGCACGUCCGGCGCUUCAUGCAUACUGAUAAUGCGAUGAGCCGCCAAGGCGAUUCUCACUUCCCAAUGCACGAGAAUAUCGAGAAGACCUACGGAAAUCGCUCGUAAAAUUUUUUUUUUGUGAAAGUUUCAAAGUGAAAUGGCAAGGAAAAAACUUGUUUGGGCAGUUUUGCUGGAGUGAAAUUGAAUGUAAUGGGCUGAAGUUCAAUUUUUUUUUCAACAAAAUGGGCAAUCGGGCAGUCUUAGGGUUCUUUUUUAUACAUCAUUUUUUGAUUUUUCAAAAAUCGUUAUAAAAAAUUCACAUGUUUUUUGAACUUUCAAAAGAGUCUAUUGGCAAUAGAAAAUUAUUUUAUUUGAAAGUUGGUAGAAAAGUAAUCAGAAUAAGUUUAUUAUUAGACAAGAAGGAAUGGAUAUAGCCUGUUCGAGUUUCCGCUCAAAAAAUGCAGAGAAAUUUCUAAAAAUCUCAUUUUCAGUCAAAGCUGAUCAUCUCCCGAAAUCGCCGGCGUCCUUUGGAACGGAGCCAAUAA